ACGCAUUCUCUUCUCUGGUAUUCAUUUCAUAUAUUUUUGGCAACUUCAAGGAGAUAUUGUUUAGAAUCAAUAGGUUAUUUAUUGAUAAUAAUUGUGAAAUAUAUAAAUAUUCUUAAUGAGAAAGCUUGUUUAGAUUUCGUAUUAAAAUGGGAAGAAAGUUAAUAGGUAGAAAGAAAAAAAGUGGUUUUAAACCUAUUACUCGAAAGAGUAAAAACAAACAGAAUGAUAAAGGACAGGUGAAUAAAAAAGCAAUAUUUAAUCGUUAUAAAAACAAACAAAAAAUUGAAGAAGAAAUAGCAAAGAAAAUGCACAUGGAAAAGAAAAUGCAGGAGAAACAGAUAAAGAAUUCAGAGAGCGAAGAAGAGGAAAAUGCUUAUGGUCAACUAUUAUCUUGUUUUUCAAAUACUGAGAAGGGUAGAUGUGUGAGUAGUGAUGAAGAAAGUGACUGUUCUUUAAAAAGUUCUCCUUCAAAGUAUAGGUGUAAAGAAUAUAAAGAAUCUAAUAAUGUUGAUGGCUCGUUCAGUGAAGACGAAACCACACAGAACAGUGAUGAUGGUAUUGAGAUUGAAAAUGAAAUAGAAGUUUCCAAUGACCCUUUUACAAAACAUAUCCAGUUUGAAUUAGGAGACGAGCUACUUGUAUCCUUAUCUAAUUCCACUCCUACAGUUGAUAAUGUUAAUAAAUCUUGGCCAGUUCUUGGUAAUAUUAAGAUAUCUAUUCCUCAAUCAAUACAAACAGAGUCUAGAAAGUCAAAACCAAAGUUUUCUAUUAUUGAAGAGAAAGCUGUUGCACCAACAGGAACAGUGCCACAUUUGUUUAGUGAAGUGGACUUUAAAAAAUUACAUAUAAAAUCACAGAUUCAUGGGAAUAUUGUGUCUGCAAAUAAGAAGAACCUUAUAAAACAAGAUUUAGAACUAACUGACAUAUUUACACCAUUACAAAAAGAAUUAUUAUCUAUUAUCAACAAUUACCAGGAUUUAUAUUUCACUGAUAGAAAUUAUAGUAAUGCUGAAGAAAUUCGCUAUAUUUAUUGUCUUCAUGUUGUUAAUCAUAUGUUAAAAACAAGAACUAAAAUUAUACACCACAAUGCAAAACUAUCUAAAAAGUCUAAUGUAUCGGAUGAAUAUAGAGACCAAGGAUUAGUAAGGCCAAAAAUAUUGAUUAUGGUACCAUUUAAGGAUGCAGCAUAUAGAGUUGUAAAAAUGUUGAUGAAUAUUUUAGUUCCUGAUGAAGCAGGCCAGAUAGUUAAUAAAAAAAGAUUUGAAGAAGACUUUACUGGUGGAGAAAUAUUUAUGCCCAAAAAGAAUCCUAAACCAGAAGACUAUGAGUUGCUAUUCAGUGGAAAUACUGAAGACACAUUUCGUCUUGGUAUGACAAUAACAAAAAAAACAUUAAAGCUCUAUACCGAUUUUUAUUCUUCUGAUAUCAUAGUCGCGUCACCAUUAGGUUUGCGGAUACUGGUAGGAGCAAAGGGCGAGGAGGAACGUGAUUAUGAUUUUUUAGCUUCCAUUGAGCUCCUUAUAAUGGAUCAGGCAGAUGUAUUUUUAAUGCAGAAUUGGGAUCAUAUGUUACAUGUCCUUGAUCAUUUCCAUUUGCAACCAAAAAAGACACAUAACACUGAUUUCUCUCGAGUCAGAAUGUGGGCUGUUAAUGGAUGGUCAAAAUAUUACAGGCAAACACUAAUUUUCUCAUCAGUUCCUUUACCUGAGAUUAAAUCUGUUUUAAACAAAAAAUGUCAAAAUUAUGCCGGCAAAGUAGUUGUAGAAAAUCCCAUAGAGAUUGGCAGCAUACAACAAAUUUUACUGCAAGUGCCUCAAAUAUUUCACAGAAUCAAGUCAGAUAGUCCUUUGGCGUCAGUGGAAGCAAGAUUUGAAUAUUUCAUAAAGGAGAUUUUGCCAAAGCAACGGGAUCCAUUAAUGAGUCACACUUUAAUUUACGUUCCAAGUUAUUUCGAUUAUGUACGAAUAAGAAAUUACUUCAAAAAAGAGGAUAUUGGAUUCGUACAAAUAUGCGAAUAUUCGAAGGACUCUAAAAUAGCACGUGCACGUGAUAUGUUCUUCCAUACAGAAGCGCACUUUUUGCUUUAUUCUGAGAGAGUACAUUUCUUUAGGAGAUUUAGAAUUAAAGGCAUCCGUCAUAUAAUAUUUUACCAACCACCAACAUAUCCACAUUUUUAUUCUGAAAUUUGUAAUCUCAUGCAGGAGUCUAACCAGAACAAGUAUGGCGGCAGUGAAUGUAACAUGAGUGUGACUGUGCUGUACAGUUUGUACGACGUACAGCGCGUUGCUGGAGUGCUGGGGGCAGCGCGAGUCGCCCGCGCGCUGCAAGCCGACCAACACGUGCAGGUCUACAUGACUGGCGAUUGAAUAUAUAUAUAUUUCUGUAUAUAUUAAUAUAACUGUUCAAUAAAAUUUAAGAAAAGAAACGGUUUUUUAUGUACUUUGAUAUUCCUUAUUUAUUUGCUGUAAUCAACCGGCUGAAGCUUACAUUUGUGGAUUUUUAAAAACUUGCUUGCAUCGCUAAAAUUAUUAAUUUAAAAGUGUACAGGUAAUGAUAAGAUUCUUAUAAAUAUAACUUCAAAUAACCAAUGAGGAAGUAUUUAAAAAAAGAAGAAGAUUACAAAAAUCAGAUGUCGCCACGGUAC